AGCGUUUCAGCACAUAUUAAAGGAUAGCAUCCCUUGAAAGUCAAAGAACAUGGCGGGGAAGAACAAAUUUGUCAUCCCAUCGUUGGAAGAAAUGGAAACUGCAGACCAAAAGGAAGCAUCAGCAAUUCCUAGGCAGCUAUUUAAGCCAAAAAUCUCUACAGCAGUUUCAGAUUCUUCAACAGAAUCUGCACAGGCUGAUGCUUUGAAGUCUUCUCUAAGCAGCCCUAAAAAACGUGUGUUGUCACAGAAAGCUUUGAUGUCAAUGCAACCACUUUCAAAACAAGUCUCACAGAAGAAAUCAUCACCAACAAAGAGGGCACAAUCAUUAACAGCCCAUGAACAAAUGAAAACAAUGCCUUGCAAACAGUCAGCAGUGGCUACUUUUGGUUCAAGUCAUACACUUUCAGCUGUAAAUAAUAUCAAUGGAGUAACUUCAAAAGCCAGUGGCCCAGGUGAGGCUUGUAUGGCUACUGAUCUAUUCAAUCAGGCUAUAGCAUCCACAGCACAAGAAACAACCAGGCAAACAAGCAACAAUAAGACUGAGCAGAAUUCGGGCUUUGAUGAAGUUCGAUUUGAUGCUUUGCCGACUCUUGCAAAACUUGGCAAAACGAACUCUUUGUUGGUCAACCCACGACAGAAAGGCAACCCAAUUCUAAAAUAUGUACGUAGUGUCCCUUGGGAAUUUGGAAAUAUUGUUCCUGAUUACGUGAUGGGACAGUCCAACUGUGCUUUAUUUUUGAGUUUAAGAUACCACCAGCUUCAUCCAGAAUACAUACAUACAAGGCUAAAACAACUGGGCCACAGCUUUGAUUUACGUGUGCUACUAGUUCAUGUUGAUCUGAAAGAACCCCAUCAUCUUGUUAAAGAUCUGGCUAAAAUUUGCAUUUUAGCUGACUGCACUCUCAUGCUUGCCUUCAGCGUAGAAGAGGCAGGUCGAUAUCUGGAAACCUACAAAAUUUUUGAAAACAAGGCGGCAGAAGCACUUAUGGAACGGACAGAGACUGAUCUCAGAAACCAGGUUUGUGACUGCCUAACAAGAGUGAAGUCUGUGAACAGAACAGAUUGUGCUACCCUCAUGUCUACCUUUGGAUCUGUAAAACAGAUUACAGCAGCCAGUGCUGAAGACCUAUCAUUUUGUCCGGGGUUUGGACCCCAGAAGGCAAAACGACUGCAUGACGUAUUUAGAGAACCAUUCUUAACAGCCAAGAAGCAUCUUCUUGAAUCUGAUUCUUCCUAUGACAAUCCUAGCCAUAGUAAGUCAGCUAGAUGAUCAAUUGUCAAUAAAGUCAAUAGCAUAGAAUGAAUGUUAAUUAUGGGCAUGCAUGUUUAUAGACAUAAAAAUUCAAUUGUAAGUUUUAAUUUAUUUAUUAAAAACUAUUGUGGAUUAAAUUUUUAAAUGCUGGCUUAUAACAUUCAUUAUUUAUUGUAAUUUAUGCAUUAUCAAAAAAUAUUAUAAAGCCCUGGACCACUUAAGCUGCAGUUAAGGAGUUUGGACCCCAAUCACCACGGCUUAAUAGUCUUGCACUGUAUAUGUAUAUUUACAUUCAAGUCACAGUGUGUUUGCACUGGAAUGAAUUGUUGGCAAAGCUAAUGAUAAUUUAUGUCUGUGAUAAAUUGUAGCUUAAUGCAAAAUUUAUUCACAUACUUUUAUAGAAAUUCUAGAUAUCAUAAAACAAUAAAUAUCAACAUAAGAAUUUAUUUUGUGAGUAAAGAUGAAUAAACAUUAAUUACAUUCAAAUAAAAUGAGUCUCAGUGGAAA